AUGGCUGUUUCUGAUAUCCACACACUCACUACUUUUCACGCUCUUGUACCUUCGAAAACCCUUGCUGAUCAAGUACAACGUGCAGAUUUCUCGCUGCUGGUGACAAGUGGUCCUCGGACAGCCACGGUACGCUUCAAGACUCCCUCGCAUCCCACAUCCGCGCCUACAAUGAUGAUACGGCACUGGGCUCCGACAAUUCUUGACGGAUAUGCCUACCAUGGCAGGCCUCAGAAACCUCGCCGACUGAUAUCUGCGCGAUUCCUGGUGUUUUGGAGAAUACGCACGAAGAUUCUCGCUGACAUCCGUAGGCCCGCCACGCUGCCUCGCAGCAGAACAAACACUUUUCUUGCACAGGCUUCUCUGUUCUACGGUAUGCCAGCCCAUUUCCCGUGCCCAAUCUGCAAUGAUGAAUCGACACAACAAAAGACAAGCAUAUGUCCAAGCUUCGGCGACGACGACAACUGUCACGACUGA